AAGUUAUUUUUAUUAUAAAUUAACUGGUGUAAUUAUUUUAACCAUUAUUAAGUUUAAAGAAAAAAAGGUAUCAAAAAUCUUGACAAAUAAUUAUACAAUGAAUAUCUUGAAUAAAAUCUUCACAAAAAAACUCCCCAGAUUAUCAUGUUCCUGAGAGAAAUAGGCAUGACGUACGCGAUUUCAUAUAGUUCUCAAUGGUGUAUUUUCUUGUUGAAAAUUGUAAAACCUACAAAAAUUGAGAGCAUUAAAGUUAAUUAGAAAAAUAAUUGUGAAUAAAAAUUUUAAUUUGUUAUUAUCUUAACGAAGAUAUUCAAAAUAAUAAUAUUAUUAGAUAAAUAUUUAGAGUGUGCAUGUUUCGAUCAAUCUGCCAUGAUAGAUCGGAGCGCGUCUUCUUUACACCCUGAAAAAGUGAAGGAUUUACAGCGAAAUGUGGGAGCUCCUCUGUGAGGAGUAACACUUUAUGGUUGCAGAAUGGUGGUGGAUUGUCUGUCAGUUCAGGGGUCAGCUGCAGCGCGGAAGCAGGAGAGGAGAUUGGGAGGGUCGGUAGGAAACAAGAUGCAGCCGAAUGAAGUUAGCGGUGGCACCGGCGGCAUGACGCCCAAAGAACUGUGUGAUAAUGAUGAUCUUGCCACUUCUCUUGUAUUAGACCCAUAUUUGGGUUUUGUUACACAUAAAAUGAAUAUCAGAUAUAGGCCACUUAAAGUUAACAAGGAUGAGCUCCGCAAAAUAAUAACAGAUUUCAUUCAAACUCAGAAUUAUGAGAAAACUUAUAAAAAAUUAAUGAGUGGUGACUGGGGUGCAAGAUUACCACACACGAAAUCUAAACAACAACAGAUUAAUCUACAGAAGCAUGUUUAUCGUUAUUUGAGAGUUUUUGAUAAGGAUUCUGGAUUUGCUAUUGAACCCUGUUAUAGGUAUUCAUUGGAAGGUCAGAAAGGCGCUAAAAUAUGCGCAACACGUAAAUGGCUGAAGCAUGAUAAAAUUCCAUGUCUUGUUGGUUGCAUUGCUGAGCUUAGUGAAAAAGAGGAGGCAGCGUUGUUGCAUCCCGGAAAAAAUGAUUUCUCCGUUAUGUUCAGUUGUCGCAAAAAUUGCGCUCAGUUAUGGCUUGGACCAGCAGCUUACAUUAAUCAUGAUUGUCGUCCUAAUUGUAAAUUUGUAGCUACUGGACGAGAUACAGCAUGUGUCAAAGUACUUCGAGACAUAGAAGUCGGUGAGGAAAUAACAUGCUUCUAUGGUGAAGAUUUCUUUGGAGAUGGUAAUUGCUUCUGUGAGUGUGAAACUUGUGAACGACGUGGUACUGGUGCAUUUGCCAGUCAAAAACCCGGUGAUGAUUUAUCAACAGGAUAUCGUCUAAGAGAAACAGAUAAUCGUAUAAAUCGUACGAAACAUCGUCAGCAGCCACUUGGAGCUUCGAAACAUCAAGCAGAUGGAGCAUUGAAUGAAAAAAAUGCAAUGCUUGUCGGUAAUGCAGCAGUUGCACCGCAAUCAUUGAGUAUAAAAGAAUUACGACGUAAAGGUUUAACAAAAUAUGAUGCAGAACUACUCAUUGCUCAAGGUUGUAGAUUUUCAGAUAUUGCACAACAGCAACCUGUAGUUCCUGAAGAUAGUACUAAUUCAUCGCAAGCUCCAAGACCUCAUCCGUCCUCAAUAAUUGGUCCCGGAACAAGAAAUUUAAGAAAUAAACAAACUAUUAAAAAUGAAAGCAACAACAAUAAUAGUAAUAACGAUAACCAUCUCUAUAAUAAUAAUUCUACUAGUAGUAAUAAUAGCAAUGGACAUACUAAAAAUGGACAAAGCUUACGCGCAUCAAGACUUCAGAAAAGAACUGAAACAAAAAGAACUCGUGCAAAUGUUGAUGAACCUUCAGUUCAUCUUACAGACAAUAAUCAUAAUACAGAAAUGAAUCAUCAUAAAGAUAGUUAUGAUCAAAUGGCAAUAAAUUGUUUUCAUGAAGAAACUAAAGAAAAUCCAUCAAAAUCAUCUCAUAAUCAUAAUUCCACUGACACUGUAGAAAGUAGUACAAAACAUCGAAAUUAUCCUGUUUUAGCUAAAAAUUUAUUUGAAAAUAAAGAGUUUAAUGAUACUUUGCCGUCAAAAAUGGAUAAUUCUGAAAAAGAAUUUAAUGUUCAUAAUUAUCCAAUUGUAGAGAAAGAAGAAACAAAACCAGGGAGUAUUAAAGAAAAUGUUCAGAUAGAGAAAACAGCUGAAUCUACAAUUAAUAAUUUACAACAACAAACAAAUAAUGUCGGACAUUGGUGUAAUCUUACGUCAUUCAAUGGGGUAUCAAAACGACGUAAGUCUCUUCAAACAUCUGAUUCUCGAGAUAUUGAACAUAGAAAAUCUCCAGCACACGGUGAAACACCUAGGAAAACAAAUUAUGAAAGGAAUGAAAACCAAACUGAAGAAUUCCCUCAAAUGAAUGCUAAAACAGCACCAGUUGUAAGUGAAUUUUCUGAACAAAAUUUUAAUUUUCCCAAAACUUCAAAAGAUUCCAGAAUGAAGAUUGAUUGUACAGAACAAAUAUCAGUACAAGAAGAAGAAAGAUUACGAGAAACUGUUAUUUCAGAUAAAGCUUUAAAUAGAGAGAAUAAUAAUCAAGAUUUUUAUUCCGGUUUUAGUGAAAAAAAUGAGUUAAAUACAACAAACAUUGAUAUGAAUAAAUUGGAAGAUGAAUCUACUAGUAAAAAAUCUGAAGAUACUAGAAGUUUUACACUGAAAAGAUCAUUUGGUAAUGAAUCAGAAAUGAUAGAGAAAACAAUCUCUCGAUCACGACGAAAAAACAAACGAGCAAACAGAGGUGGUACAACAAAAUCGAAGAAAACUAAAAACCUAUCAAAUACAGAUGAAAAGGAGAGAACAAAAAAAGGUCGUAGUAAAAUAACAGGAUGUAAUAAAAGAUUAACUAGAAGUUCUCGGAGAGAUAAUAAAAAAAUUAUCACUACGACACCUGUAGUUGGAGCUACUACUGACGAUGAUUCAGGAAUUCAAGGAGAUAUUUAUGAAUUCAGUGAAAAAGAAAGUAAUCUCGAGGAUGUUGAAGUACUUAGACCCAAUAAAAAUGAAAAUCGUGUAAUUGAAAUUUCUAAUUCUAAACCCGAAGAACCUCGUAGCGAUUUUAGUAAAAAUGAACCCCCAGUUCUUGUUCGAGAAGAACCAUGGCCUGCAAAGCGAGAAAAUGUAUCUAAAGAAGAAUGUGAAACACUUAAUAUGUGUGAGUCUAAUUUAAAAUACAGCAAUAAUUCGAGAAAACAGUCUGUAUUACCGGAAUAUCAAUGGCAAAGUGAGCCAACUUAUAAAGAAUGUCCGACAACACCAGACCGUCCUGGUGGAAGAUUAAAACUUACACUACGUAUGAAACGAUCCCCAGUGUUAGAUGAUGUUGUUGAAUCAGGAACAAGUCUGAGCGAAGACAGUUUUGAACCGGAGUAUGAAGUACUCAAAGUAGAAGGUGUAGAAAAUACAAGACGUAAGAAAAAACAUAAAACUCGUGAUCGCGAAAGGCGACAUAAGAAACGCGAAAUAACUCUUGAUUCACCGCCACCACCUCCUAUGAAAAGACUUCGACUGAUUUUUGGCAAUGAAACUCACACUAUUGAUUUACCGCAUUCUUAAUGAUUUAAUGCAUUAAGUAAUUAAUUAUAAUCAGUAAAAUCACAAAUUUAUCAUUAUUAAUUUUUGCAGCAAAUGUAAUAAUUAAUAAACAUUCUUUUUUAUAAAAAUUCCAAAAUAAUUGUUAAAAAAAAAAAAAUUAAAUUUGAACAUUCAAUAGAUUUACAUUCGUUUGUAGACCUUUAUUUUAAUUGAGGACUAAUUAAAGAAAAAUCUUACUCAUAUUAUGUAUAUUAAUAAUAUAGUAUUAACAUGAGAUAAUUAGUUGAAGUAAAUAGUUCGUAUUAGUAUUAAUCAUUUGCUGCAUUAAAUAUUGAACAUAAUAUAAAUGCGCGAAUAAAAUAUUAUGCAAUAAUUGUAAAUAACACUCGUAAAAUUACACUGACAAAUUAAAUUAAAACACGAGUGCGAUAGAAUGCAGUACGUUACGAAAAAUGUCGCUACAGUCAGGGAAAAUAAUUUUAAAAUAUGAAAAAUUAAAUUUCAAAUUAAUUCUAUGCUGCACAUGGUGCGCAUUAAAAAUUUUAAAAUUCAUUUUUCGUUUACGGACGUAUAUAUUCCCAAAUAUGAUAA